CCUUCUAUCCCUCCCAAUUCCUUCCAUUCCUCAUCCACACCCUAUUAAUUGAGAUAGACUUUCGCGGGCCUCCUUACCGAACUCCUCGGUUUCUCCACAUAGUAGUAUGACGGGCUCCGUCGCUGCCGGUGGCGAUGGCGCGCUCGGUUGGUAGGCAAAUUGGUCUCCCCGUAGUCGGGCUCGCUCUCCAUCUCAUGAUUCAUGGCACAAAGCUUCCAGAGCCAGAGAAGCAGCAGGGUUCCUGCCAUCGUGCCGAGGACGAUACCGGCGAUGCCACCCCCGGAGAUGGAAUUGGGGCAAUUGGAGUCAUCCCGACUCUGGAGAAGGUGGAUUGGCGCCAUGGGUGUGGUGGUUGGGUUUCAAUGUACUGUACGGAGUACCGUGCUGCACAAUUGAUAUCAGAGAUCGAUGUCUUUGUGGUCCCCUCAAUGCAAGCACAACCGAAAGAAAGUCAACUAACUGGGAAAUCAGAAGAGGGGGUGGAAUUGGAACCAUAUAUUAUCAUCAUCAUCAUCAUCUUUUUCUCUUCACCUUCUUGUCCAUACUUUCCCGCUGCGGCUGGGCUGGUGUUCCCAUUGACGUCAACCGUACGUCUUUUGCCUUGGAUCCCCUCCUACACAAACCCCCCCUCCCCUCCUCUCACAAACUUCGGCUUGGCUUUCUGAUCUUGAUGAGCGGAUGGCUUUUCCUUCGGGGCGCCUGCCAAUAGAAUCAAUGGAUCAAUUGUAAGCAUUGUGCACUGCGAAGU